CGAUUGGUCCACAAACCUUACAAGGAGUUGGCACCGAGCUCUCGAAGAGCUCAGUCGACACAGGAUGAUCUAGCUGUGUGUUAGUUUGCGACAGGAAGCUCAGUACUCCCCACAGGCAAUAUUCGCUUACCUCUCGAGCCCCGCUCAGAUGUAUGCUGCACAUUCGAGAACCUCUUGCGACUUCCGUAUCGACGAUGAUCAUGGGACGACACCUUCGACUUGCGGACAAACGUUUAGCAUUCCAAGCUCACGAUCGGACUGGCGCCCUUGCGGCGAUGCCAUGCGCUCCUCUACUUCUACCCAAGGCUGCAUCUGAGUUUUUUCCGGCCGAGAUCUUCAAGAAUAUCAUUGAACGCAUAUCUGGCUCGCAACUUCACGAGCUAUUCGCUUUACGCGGCACUUAUUGUUUCUAUCGCUCCAUCGCCACUGGUUUCAUCCGACCGUAUAUGAAUGCCAAGUUGAAACAUCUUCGAGUAUUCAUAACGAAAGUCUGUUUGAUAGCGCUUUUCGAGCACAUGUCCGUACCUCAGUGGUAAUGCUGCAUUGAAUGCGUUGCGUUCAUUAGCCUUGGGGGACACCACGACUAGGAAGAGCGCCUCCAUAUUGUGUAAUGAUCCUUUCGCAGGCUCACCUACGGAGGCCUUGUUGCAACUGUAACCUCCUCUACAUGACGAAGUUGGACGGACUUUUCGGUUCGUGGUCGUUGCCAACCUCCUUGAGCCCGUCCGUAGACCUCAUUGAGCCCUUCUU